AUGGGCCCAGAUACCCAUUCCCUACUCGGAGCUGACGAAUCGCCGCCACAUACUUUCAACCACGUCAAGCGUUAUGGCUCCGGUGCGCCAUACUGGAUGUCACAGAUCAAGCGUCAAGGUCAGGUGGCGUACGGCAAUGCUUCAUUCGUCAUCUGGCGGAACGUGAUGGAUUACGGGGCAAUGGGCGAUGGUGUGACGGACGACACCAGCGCCAUCAACAAUGCCACCGCUGCUGGUGACCGUUGCGGCCUCGGAUGUGACAGCUCCACAGUCACUCCAGCCAUCGUAUACUUUCCAGCGGGAACAUACAUUGUCAGCGCUCCACUUAUCCAGUACUACUACACUCAAUUCAUCGGUGACGCCAACAACCUCCCCACCAUCAUGGCUACCAGCGACUUCUACGGGAUUGGCAUCUUCGAUUCGGACGUCUAUCUCCCGUACGGAUUCAACUGGUACACGAAUCAGAAUAAUUUCUACCGACAGAUUCGUAAUUUUGUUCUGGAUAUCACUCAGGUCCCGCCAACACGAAACGUUCACUGCAUUCAUUGGCAGGUUGCCCAAGCUACAUCGCUGCAGAAUAUCGUGAUGAAAAUGGUAGAAGGAACUUUGGGCGACGGCAACAACCAAUUUGGCGUCUUCAUGGACAAUGGCUCGGGCGGGUUUCUGGAGGACCUGGUUUUCUACGGCGGCGGAGUCGGCUUUUUUGGUGGCAAUCAGCAAUUCACAUGUCGAAACUUGACCUUCUACAACUGUGAAACUGCCAUAUUCCAGAACUGGAACUGGGUGUUCUUGUACAAAGGCAUCACGAUCAACGACUGUGCAGUGGGUCUGGAUCUGAGCCAGGGCGGCGAAGUUCCGGCCACCGGGAGUCUCGUGCUGCAAGAUAGCAGCCUCAACAACGUACAAUACGGCAUCAUCACGUCCUUCUCCUCCAACAGCACACCGACAGCAGCGGGGACUCUCAUUCUUGACAAUGUCAACUUCAACAACACAGACCCGGCGGUGCAAUAUCAGAAUAACAGUGCGAUCCUCCGGGGAAACCGUGUGGUGAACUCCUUCAUUCAAGGGCCAUCUUUUAGUGCGUACGAGCACGAGAGCACCGAGCACAACCUGACCUGUUACGUGCCCACUGCAAAUUACUCCCGUGUUCAGGGCGAAACUGUUAGUGCGCCAAAGCCGGCCAGUCUACUUACGCCAACGGGCACCUACGUGGAGCGGAGUCGACCGCAAUACGAAGGCGUCCCGGUGGAGAGCUUCAUCUCGAUCAUCACCUAUGGCUGUGCUGGCGACGGCUUGACCGACGACACCGUCUGCCUCCAGAACUUCCUCAACUCCAUCGGCCCAGAUGAGAUUGCAUACUUUGACCACGGAGCGUAUCUGAUCAGUGAGACGAUUCAGAUUCCGAACGACAUUUCAAUGCAGGGCGAGAUCUGGCCUUUGUUGAUGGUAGACGGGUCUAGCCCCACGUUCUCCGAUCCCACCAAUCCUCAAGUGGCCUUCCGAGUCGGCAACCCAGGUGAUGUUGGGACCGCCGAGAUCGUGGAGUUCGUGUUCGAGACGAGAGGCCCUGCUCCUGGUGCCAUCAUCCUGGAAUGGAAUCUUGCCGGGUCAAGUCCGGGGGCGAGUGGGAUGUGGGACACCCAUUGGCGUAUUGGGGGUAGCAAUGGCACGCUGCUGCAAUCCAACAACUGCACCAAGGACCCCUCUGUUGCCCAUGGCGUCAAUCCCACAUGCUUGGGAGCCUUCAUGCUGCUGCAUGUCACGACCACCGGAUCCUUGCUGAUGUCUAAUAACUGGGGUUGGGUCGCGGAUCACGAGCUUGAUCUGCCCGAUCAUAACCAGACCGAUAUCUACAAUGGACGAGGCGUGCUGGUCGAGAGCCAAGGUCCAAUGUGGAUGUAUGGAACAGCCUUCGAACACAGCCAGCUGUACAACUAUCAAUUUGCCAACUCCAAGGACAUCUUCGCCGGAGUCAUUCAGGCCGAGACGGCAUACAUGCAAGACAACCCCAACGCAAUCUCCUACUUCACGCCCAACACCUCCUACUCCGACCCCACCUUCGAGAACUGCUUCGAAGCAACGUGCUGGAAGACGUUCGGCCUCCGCCUCUUCAACAGCACGUACGUCUUCGUGUAUGGAGCGGGGCUGUAUUCCUUCUUCAACAACUACGAUCAGGGCUGCUUGAUCACGGAGUCUUGCCAGAUUUACAUGGUCAGCUUGGAGCAGAGCGAGGGCAUUUAUCUGUAUGCGCUGAAUACGAAGGCGGCGGUGAAUAUUGUUGAGGUCGAUCAGGUGGCUAUUGUGGCGGAGGCGCAGGUGCCGAAUGGAUUUUGUCAGACGUGUGCUAUUUUUGAGUAUCCGUAG